AUGACCACAAAGUACUCCUACAAGAUGGGCGCCGACCGCGGCAAGCUGGAGAAGUCCGGCACUGGGGAGAUGAGGCCCCAUCCGCUUUACGAGGCCAUGGUGGAGAUGCAGGGCGAGGUCACGUGCGUCGAGGAGGCGCUUCAGGAAACCGACGAGGCGGCCCUGCAGGUGCCUCUGGAUGAGGCGAACGGCCUCCCUGCUCCACUCUUCUAUGCCGUGGGCAAGCUGAAGAGCCCGGGGGUGGUGAAGCUGUUGCUCCAGAGCAAGGCGAACCCAUCGGCGCGCUUCCUCCAGAGCAAGCCCUGGGAGAUCUUCGAGAAGGGCUACACACCGCUGCAGGCGGUCAUGAACAACCAGAGCCGCGGGGACAUCCGCAUGCAGGCCCUGGGCGACAUCCUGCGUCAGUCGGAGGACAAGCUGGAUAGGUUCGAGAGCGAGCUGCCGAUGCCGCCGGCUUAG